AUGCAAAUCUUUGGGAGGACCCUGACUGGCAAGACCAUCACCCGUGAGGUUGAGCCCAGUGACACCACUAAGAAUGUCAAGGCUAAAAUCCAAGACAAGGAGGAGUCCACCCUGCACUUGGUGCUUUGUCUGAGGAGUGGCAUCAUUGAACUCUCCCUCCACCAGCUUACCCAGAAGUACCACUGUGAUAAGAUGAUCUGCUGCAAGUGUUAUGCCCACCUGUACCCCCGUGGUGUCAAUUGCCAUAAGAAGUGCGGCCACACCAACAACCUUCACCCCAAGAAGAAGGUUAAAUAA